GGGCCAGGGUGGACGUGGAGAGCUCCGGCCCAGCCAUGCUGGACUUCGCCAUCUUCGCUAUCACCUUCGUGCUGCUGCUGGUGGGCGCCGUGCUCUACCUCUACCCGGCUUCUAGGCAAGCUUUGGAUAUCCCGGGAAUGGCUCCAACAGAUGAGAAAGAUGGCAACCUGCCAGACAUCAUAACCAGUGGCAGCCUGCAUGAGUUCUUGGUGAUUUUGCAUGAGAAGUAUGGCCCAAUUGUUUCUUUUUGGUUUGGAAGACGCCUUGUGGUCAGUCUGGGAUCAGCUGAUCUCUUGAAGCAGCACAUUAACCCCAAUAGGAUAUCGGAUCCUUUUGAAAUGAUACUCAAAUCCUUGUUGAGAUACCAGUCCGGCCUGAGUGGUGAUGCAGGAGAGAGUCACCUGAGGAAAAAGCUGUAUGAAAAUGGUGUGACUAAGUCCUUGCAGAGUAACUUUGCUGUCAUCCAAAAGCUGUCAGAAGAGUUGCUAGCAAAAUGGUUGUCCUUUCCCGAGUCUCAACACGUGCCUCUUUGCCAGCACAUGCUGGGUUUUGCCAUGAAAUCUGUUACACAGACAGCAAUGGGCAGUUACUUUGAAGAUGAUCGGGAAGUAAUUCAGUUCCGUAGGAACCAUGAUGCGAUCUGGGCUGAAAUUGGGAAGGGUUUCUUGGAUGGGUCACUUGACAAAAGCACUACCAGGAAAAAGCAGUAUGAAAAUGCUUUAAUGGAGAUGGAAUCGGUCUUAAAGAAAGUCAUAAAGGAGAGGCGGGACAGGAGCGUCCACCGGCAUAUCUUCAUUGACUCCUUACUGCAAGGGAACCUGAGUGACAAGCAGAUCCUAGAAGACACAAUGAUAUUCUCCCUGGCAGGAUGCGUAAUCACUGCUAAUUUGUGCACCUGGGCAGUUUAUUUCGUGACUACCUCAGAAGAAAUCCAGAAGAACCUCUAUAAGGAGAUAGAUCAAGUUUUGGGGAAGGGCCCAGUUACACUUGAGAAAAUUGAGCACCUCAGGUACUGCCGACAGGUGCUGUGUGAGACUGUGCGGACAGCAAAGCUUACUCCAGUUGCUGCACGGCUGCAGGAGCUGGAGGGAAGAGUUGACCAGCAUGUUAUCCCCAAAGAGACUCUUGUGCUCUAUGCUCUAGGGGUGGUGCUCCAGGACAGCUCAGCUUGGCCAUCACCUUACAAAUUUGAUCCAGACAGAUUUCAUGAUGAAUCCGCCAUGAAAAACCUUUCCCUGCUGGGGUUCUCAGGAAGUCAAGAGUGCCCAGAGCUGAGGUUUGCUUAUAUGGUGGCUACAGUGUUGCUGAGUGUGCUGGUCAGGAAACUGUAUCUGCAUCCUGUGAAAGAGCAAGUCACAGAGUCCAAAUAUGAGCUGGUCACCUCACCAAAGGAGGAGGCAUGGAUAACUGUGUCCAAGAGGAAGCAAGGCAAGGAGUAGGAAAGAUUGUGCUUCAGAAAGACACCCUCCAGCAUCAUGUCACCAUUUUAAUGUCACUAUUUUGUUACCUUCCAUCUUCUAACUCAGCAGCCCCUUGUUAUUUUUUUCUAACUCAAAAAACUGUCACAUUAAAGUAGAAAUAAUUUUUAUGCCUUUUGGAAAUGUAAUUUUUUAAGAAUGGAUCUCUAGCCAUUUUCUGUGGGGGAAGCAGCAUAAACUUCCUGAGUUCUCUAUAAGAACUGCCCUUUGCAUCAGAUUUGUGCUUCAACUUAGUCCAGUCUCUGCUGGAUAGUACCAAAACUGGAUGCCUCAGAGGAAGUGUAAAGCUUUCUAAUGUAAUACUACUAUGGGGAACUUUUAAUCCUGAUCUCAGCUUCAGGCCCUAAAGGCAUGAAGAUUGAGCCUUUCUCUUCCAUAUUUUAUUCAAAUUAGCAUUUUCCCUUUCUGUGAGUUACAGUUAUAACAGUAUCUCUUGGCCUCUUGAUAGGUUUUGGGAGAGUGUGACUACGGGUGUGAGCAAUAAAAUGAGAAAGGAAUUUUAUACCACUGUUGCAUCCCUUACUGUGCAAUCCUGCUGGCAUGGGGCAUAAACGAAUGGACAGCGUAGAUGUGUGCUUGUCAAACUGGAGUAAGGAAACUGCUGUGGAUCUAACAAAAUAGCUAUGGCAUUUUUAAUGAACUUAAGACAGGGAAUCUCCAUCUGGCAGAUGUUGAAAUCAGUGUCCAAUUUAAUCGGUAUCAGGAAUGAUGUAAGAUGUGCGAUGAGUGUACAGAGUUAGGUCACUGCGAGACUGGCAGAGCCAAGCGGGGAAGUGGAAAGUGCUGAUUUUAUAGUGCUGGGAUUGAUGCUCUACUUAACUGUAAAAGCCUUUAAACCAUCUUCCUCCUCCCAAACAUUGGCAGCCAAGACAGCACCAAGCAUAGUAAGAUCAUGUGGUCUCUCCACUCCUUCAUUUCUCAUUGUCUGAAUACAGUGGUUCCCAGCAUUUCUCUCUCUCUCUCUCUCUCUCAGAGCCCUUUAAGGUAACAUUCAGUUUCUUUCUUGAUUGUCUAAGUGUGCAGAUUUGGUCAUCUGUGUAGUUGCCUAAGUGCCAAAAAUGUCACUUAUGAACCCAGACUAGAAAUAUGUACUGGUAGGACAAUGACAGCACAUUCCCGCUCUUUGCCCCCAACAGCUCAGUGACUAGGGUACUCAUCUGGGAAGCUGGAGGUCUGGGGUUUUUGGCCCUUCGCUUUUACCUGGGGAGGGAGGAGUUUGAACCUUGGUGUCUCUGACUUUGCAGCACAACUUUCUAACCACUGUACUGCAGGUUAGUUAUUAUCUAGUCCAUGCUCUAUUCCUUUUGAAGCUGGCCUUCUGGGAAGCUGUGGGGUGAAGAGAAAGGCAGCCAGAGGGUCUGUGGAUCAGUAUGGUGGCUGCUGGCCUGGAAGAGAAGGGAUUCUGGGUAUUACCUGGGGUCCUUGCUCCCAGUGAGGUCAAAGCUUAUACCCUUCACUGCCCUCCAUCCAUUUUCUUGCAAUAACUAUGUUAGCAACUCAGUUUCAGAAGGAGUUCCAAAGGAGGGCCUAAUGGCUGUCCUAUGGCAUGGUGGCUGGAGUACUGUCCUGGGAAGGCAGGGAAACUCAGGUCCAAAGUCCUUCUGGGUGAAGGGAGCCCAAGAGCUCCAGCUUCCUGGGUGACUACCCUAGCUACUGUACUAUGGGGACAGAAGAGGAACACCCACCUCCUUUUCUGUUCCUGAGUCUCAGUUUGGUAGUCAUGGAUUUUGGCAUUUGGGGGCAUCUGAGGCUGCACCCACAAAGAACACGCAUAUGUGUCCUGCUUACUUUGGUGUGUUCCCAGUCCAUACAAACAUGUAGGUGCACAGUCAUCCCAUGUGCACACAGGAAUGCUGACCUGUGGGUAUGUGGCAUUUUUGGCACAUAGACAACCAAAAUUGCCAUGUAGACUAAAUCUGGACGCUUGGCCAACCAAGAAGGAAAUACAAUGUCGCCCUUGGUGUGUUUCCAGAAGGGCGCACCUCACCCUCUGCUGGAUGCAGCUAUUGUCAUUUUUUCUUAUUUUAUGUUGAACUAUAGUGUUGCUGCACCAUGAACAGAGAGAGGCCUGGGCUCUUGUUACCUGAGUUAUAAGUAACCUUGUGGGUUGGCUGCUGAUAAUAGGCAGAAACAGGUCUACAGCCUUAGCUUUUAUUUGCUUGCACUUCAAAAGACAAAAAUAAACAUUUAUCUUCAAGUC